AUGUAUCCUGAGUCUCCCGAUGGUGGUGGCAUGUCGCCAUGUCCACGUUUGGGUCACAGUUAUACCAUGGUUGGCGACAAGAUCUUUCUAUUUGGUGGAUUGGCAAAUGAAUCGGAUGAUCCAAAAAAUAAUAUACCCAAAUACCUGAACGAUCUGUAUAUACUAGACACCCGUGGCGUUCACAGUCACAAUGGAAAGUGGAUAGUUCCAAAAACCUUUGGCGAUAGUCCCCCACCCAGGGAGUCACACACUGGUAUAGCCUUUACAAGCAAAGCGAACGGUAACUUGAAUCUAUUGAUUUAUGGCGGUAUGAGCGGCUGCCGUUUGGGAGAUUUGUGGUUAUUGGAAACAGAGUCCAUGACUUGGGCAAAGCCGCGAACUCUGGGACAAGCACCAUUACCACGUUCUCUGCAUAGCUCAACAAUGAUUGCAAACAAAAUGUAUGUGUUUGGAGGCUGGGUUCCAUUGGUGAUAAAUGAAUCCAAGUCAACGACAGAGCGAGAAUGGAAGUGUACAAACACUUUGGCUGUUCUAGAUUUGGAGAUGGGUAAAGGGGGAUGGGGAGGAAAGCUCGGAACUCCGGGAGCAGGGCAAAACGAUCGAGGACGAGGAAUGGAACUAGAAGGAUCCGGAAUGGAAAGCCAGAAGACGCACCCGCCGGAGACGCACUAG